AUGAUUCAUCCAUUCGAAGCAGAUGAAUGGCUGGGAAAUCAAUUUUUACUCCUGGAGCGCGACCAACUUGAAGAGACACCAGAUAACAUUGAUGACAGCCCAAAAAUCAUUCCUGACUGCUAUUCAGAUACCCAUUAUGGUUCGGACUCGGAUAGUUUGGAUCAAGACCCUGGUAAUAGUUCAGAUCUAGAAUCCAAAUCAUAUUUUAUGAUGGAAGAGGUGGAUGGAGAUGCAAAUAGGCAUAAGGCAGCGACAACAAUUUAUGAAGGUUCUGGGGAGCAUCUCUACCACUCAGAAGACAACGACGAAUGCUCACAGAACCUUCUCUGA